AUGAGUGUUUAUCAACAACUAUUUUACCAUGGCAAAUAUGAUAAGCUUCUCAACGAGCUUCUUGCCAUUCAAGAUCGUUCAGUCCAGGAAACACACAAUCUUGCUAUUACUCGUUACUUAAUUACAGGUGAUUCUCCAUUACCUGAAUUGCAAAAACUUGUAGAUAGUAUUAAAGCCGAAACUCUUGCCCAAACAUCAUGGCCGACACAUCCAUCAUACGCAUUAUUAAUGUAUCACAUUUGUCUUUACUAUUUUAGAUCAUCCAACUACCAGAACUGCAUUAAAAACUUAAAUAACAUCUGGGCGAACAUCGAUAAGAUUGACAAAGUCAUUGGACUUUGUGUUUCCCUGUUAACUAUUGAGCUUGCAAUUCGUACUGGCGAAAACGAGAAUAUUGAAAAAGCUUUCAACUUCAUUCAGUCGAAUUUCCAAACACCCGAGUCAAUCACAUCACUUUUAGCAUCAAAGAACAUUGAUGGCCAAAUCGUUAAAGAGAUUUCUCAAAAUGUUCAAUACGCAAAACUUCGCUACGAUGUUUCUCAGUUAAUAAACAAGCCAAUGGACGAAGAAGUCAGAAAUCAACUCGAAGAGAUCCUUUCUCAAAAAGAAAUUACUCCAGAUUCCAAGAAUCGUUCUCCCAUGAGUAUUGCACAGGUUUUACCUCUUGCAUGUGCCGCUCUUCGUCUUGGUGAUCAAAUGAGAUUCCAAACGGUCCUUGAAACUGCAGAUGAUGCAGUUAAUUUUUCAAUCCUCAACAACAGAGGUAUUUCCGAGUUAUUACAGAAGCGCUAUUCAUCCGCCUUACUCCACUUUACAAAAUCCUUGAAUUCAAGGCCAAACAACGAGUUAAUUUACCCUUAUCAUCAAGUUGCCUACAAUCUUGGCAUUUCCUUACUCAUGAAGCACCAGCCACAGAACGCUUUUCAAUUCCUCUAUCCUAUCAUACCUCUAAUGUCACGUUCUCCCUAUCUUUGGCUCAGAUUGGCCGAAUGCAUCGUAAUGUACUACAAAGAUCGCAUCCAAGAGCUUCGCAAGCAGACACAGGUUAACUCCGUUAUUGCCAAGAAGCUAUCCACUGAGUCCAGGACCUUCUACAUCCUUCCUUUACCCGACAACAAAUUGUUCGACCAAUACAAGACACAAAACUCGAACAUGACGUUGGAAUUCGCCGAGAAAUGCACGAGAAACGCGAUCACACUCUGCGGAUACAACCCACAGCUCAAUUCCGUGCGAAGAGCUUCAGAAUUACUCUGCAGUUUCAUUUCAUUAGAACUUGGUGACGGAAAACGAGCUGCUGACAUGGGCAAAACAGUUACAGCCGACAAUACUGUUGAUAACCAACAGAAAUUCCUUGCAAAAAUCUAUUCCGCACAAGGACAUUUGAUGGUCGGAGAGUCUGAAGAGUCUUCCAAGAUCCUUUCGAGGUUAUUGAUCGAGAAUGACUUGAAGAAGGAGAAGGACCAACUCAUAAGACACGCGCUAACAUUCGCAAGGGUCGGAAUGGCAACAAAUGACACAAAAAGAGUUGAAAAUCAAUUACAAAAGGUGUCAGAUACCGACCAAAAGAAACCUGAAUGGGUUUUGACGAAUAUCGCAUUCGAGUUGCAGAGAAGACACGUAAGACAGGCUCACCAGAUACUUCUCAAUUACUGUAACUCAAAUACUGAGUAA